AACGUUUUGGUUAUGAUGAAAACAUCCAGUUGUUGUUGUUAAGGUUAAUUAAUUCCACUGUGAAUACUUUUUAUUUUUGUUUGUGAUGUAAUUAUUGGUUUUAUUUACAUAUAAUGUUGGAUUGAAUGUAUUCCUUGAACAAAUAUUUACUGUAGAAUAUUAGUAAGCUUCAUGGAUUACGAUAGGAAAUCAUCUAAAAGUAAACACCAGAGCCAAAGAAGCAAACAUUCUUCAAAAUCCAGACAUCAGAGAUCUGAUGACUCGAACAGUGAUGAUGAACGACAUAAAAAAAAGAAAAGUUCCAAACAAGAUGACAAGAACAGACAUCGCUCGUCAAGUUCUUCCAAGAAACAUAGCAAGUCAAAGAAAAGAAGAAGCUCAUCAUCAAGUUCGUCCUCAUCGUCAAGUUCAUCCUCGUCUGAAUCAAGCGGCUCAACUGAAGUAAAAAUGCUACAGAGGCUAAAAGAAGAGAGGGAGAGACACAUUUUAGAGAGGAAAAAGCAAAAAGAGCUCAUGAAAGCUAACGAAACCCCAGAAGAAAAACGUAUGCGCCGUCUGCGCAAGAAAGAGCUCAAAGAACAUAAUAAGAAAAAACGUAUGGGGUGGGAUAAUGAUUACAUAAAAUAUACCAACUCUGACAACCCUUUUGGAGAUGCAAAAUUGACAGAUACUUUUGUAUGGGGAAAGAAACUUGAAAAAGAAGGGCUUAGAGGAGUGACUCAAGAACAACUUGAAGUUCUGAACCGACAGAAGCAAGAAGAGAACCGUAGGGAGUUGGAAAAGGUGAAGAAACGCAGGAUGGAGCGAGAGCUAGAACGUCAGCAAAGGGAGGAAGAAAUGUCCUUGAUGCAACGUAGCAAAGAAGCAGCACAGUUCCAGGAGUGGCAACAACAUGAAGAUCAGUUCCAUCUAGAACAAGCUCGACUACGUUCCAGAAUACGGAUACAGGACGGCAGAGCCAAACCGAUUGAUCUACUAGCUAAAUACAUCAGUGCUGAAGAAGAGGUGGAUGCGGUUGAAAUGCAUGAACCUUACACAUAUCUCAACGGACUGAUGAUAAAGGAUCUAGAGGACCUUAUUGAGGACAUCAAGGUUUACAAAGAACUAGAAAAAGGCAAAAAUCUUGACUACUGGAAUGAUAUUACUGUGAUUGUUGAAGAUGAGUUGCACAAGCUGCGGAAGCUAGAAAAACAGUCCGAGUAUGAAGUGGCUGUAGGGCGGAGGGAAGGUAUUCACCAGGCGGUGGCACAAGACGUAGCCUCAGUGUUUAAGGGAAAGACGGCUUCACAGCUGGAAAAACUGCAGAUUCAGAUCGAGAGCAAAAUCUCUGCCAAAACUCAAGGCGUCGACAUAAGUUACUGGGAGUCACUGUUGUCCCAACUCAAAGCCCACAUGGCUAGAGCUAGACUGAGAGACAGACAUCAAGACAACCUCCGCCGCAAGUUGGAGGUGCUGAAGGCUCAGCAGGGGAUGGAGGGCGAAGGGGAAGUGGAGGAAGAGAAGGGGGAAAGGGAGGAGGGAGCAGAGGAACCAGUCCCAUCUACAUCUCAGGAGGGGAAAGCAGAAAGCGAGGGUGAAGAAGAGAUUGACGAGGAGCAGGUAGCCAACACCAUGUUGACUGAGAGUUUUGCAGACUAUGACUCGGGCCAGUACAGUCCACAGUAUGUCAGUGCUACUCAGCUGGAGCCCGGCACUAUAGUGACCAGUGAGGAAGAUGAUGCUAGGAGGAUAGCAUUUGCCAGGUUGCAAGUGCAGGGUACUGGCCGGCCUGCACAGACAAGGACGUCGCUGGAAGAGGAAGUUCUGCGUAGAGAGGCUCGGAAGGGGAUGACCAAUGAUGAGGCAGAGUUCUCCGUUGAGUCCGCUCUGGACAGUCAGGUGUAUCUGUGGUCUGACAAGUAUAGGCCUCGCAAGCCCAGAUACUUCAACAGGGUUCACACAGGAUUUGAGUGGAACAAAUACAACCAAACUCACUAUGACAUGGACAACCCUCCGCCCAAGAUUGUGCAAGGGUACAAGUUCAACAUCUUUUACCCUGACCUCAUCGACAAGAAUGCCACGCCCGAGUACUUCUUGACCCCAUGUCCAGAGAACCACGACUUUGCCAUUUUACGAUUCCACGCUGGGCCACCUUACGAAGACAUUGCAUUCAAGAUUGUGAACAGAGAGUGGGAAUACUCUUACAAAAGAGGAUUCAGAUGUCAAUUUCACAACAACAUUUUUCAAUUGUGGUUCCACUUCAAGCGUUAUAGAUAUCGUAGAUAAAUUUGUAUGUGUAAGAUACUAACUUUAUGUAAAUAUAUUUUUAUAUUUAUUA